AUGACACACCCGCUCGGGUACGAUCCUGACCCGGCAGCGCGUGGAGAGGGGAGCAGCACGGGUGCCGUCCGUCGUCGCCGCGAGUCUGUUUCCUCCGCCUCGCACUCGGCGUCCACAUCGACAUCGGCACCACCAUCGCCGUCUUCCCCGCCCCGCAAGCUGCGCCGUACACGCUGGAGCGACGAGGACACUGAUUACACCCCCGCGGUGACUGCGGUUCCACGUCUCGUUGGCGGCGGUCGGCCACGUCGCGGCGCCGCCAAACGGGGCGGCGGCACAACACCAGCCUCCAAUGUUGUACCCCGCGCGUCUCGCUCGGCCCGCGCGACGCGCAGCCGGCGGACCUCUGCCACUCCAACAACUUUGGAGAGCAUCGCAGCCGAGAGUGUCGCGAUCAAGCACGAGGUCGCGCGACUGCAGCUCACGCUGCGGGACGUGAACGCCGACGGCAACUGCCUGUUCCGUGCGCUGGCCGAUCAACUGUGGGGCGAGCAGAGCCGGCACGCCGAGGUGCGCAAGCUCGUGUGCGACCACCUCGAACGCGCAAGGGGGGAACUGGGUGAUUUCGUCGCCGGUUUCCUCAGCGAGGGCGAGACAUAUGAUGGCUACGUCCAGCGCAUGCGUGGUGCAGGCGUGUAUGGCUCGCACAUUGAACUGCAAGCAGCUACCAAAGUGUUUCGCCGCAGUAUCCGUGUCAUCCUCGCCCAGACUAGCUAUACCGUCGAGUACGUCGGCCCACCCGCUCCAGGCAUGACCCCUGUCCCUACGGCUGUUGUCGCUACCGCCGAGCCCGAGAAGCAGGCCCCGCAAACUCGCCGCCGCACCCGUUCCUCCACCACCGUCCUGCGAAAGGUCGCAGCCGAGCCUGAGGCGACAACCGAGGCUCCAACAGAGGAAUACACCGCCGCCCUGGCAGGUCUUGUGCCCCCCGCUCGCCCAGGACAUGCCAUGCUGUGGCUCGCCCUCUUCGCCGAGGCGGAGCACUACGAGAGUAUCCGCCGCGGACGUGAUUCCGGCCCUGCCGACAUUCCAGACUCGAUGGCCGUGCCCCAUGCCAGAGACGUGAGCGAGGCAGCGCGGAGGGAGCGUGGCGAGCCGGUCCCCGAACUCGACGGCAAGCCCGACAACGGCAAGGACUCGCGUCUCGCCCAGGUCCUGGCGUCGCUGCCUCCCGGCCACGGCCUCGAUGACGCACACGUCGUUGGUGUUCUGGCGCGUACAAAGGGAGACGUUUCCGCGGCAGUUGAGAUUCUCCUCGAGGACAUUGACGUGCGUACCGAGAGCACAGUCUCGGCGCCAGACGACCUCGACCCGGACCGCCCCCGCCGCCCAAGUGCCGGCUCCACGACGUCCGCCACCCGCGUCGAAGCCAUGCUCGCCGACCGAGAGUCCCACAGCCUCACGUAUCGCGACCACCCGCCAUCCUCCUCCAGCAGCGCGAGCGACCACGAGGCCGCCUCGGCAGCCAGUGGUGCGCCCAGCACGGCACCCACCAGUCCACUGAGUACUGGCGAUGCCGAGGAUGCUAGUGACGGGGAGACCAAGGACGACGAUGGUCUUGGCACGCGUCCCCUGGAGACCAAGUUAGGAGCGCACCAAGGUAUGGGCUAA